UUCCCAGAAAGCAUUGCGAAGAGGCUGACUUCCGGAUGUCAUCAGCCGCGCACUGGUGAGCGGUGGCGUGGGUUUCCCUUCCCUUGUCAUACUGUCAAUUUAAUUCUGCGAAGCAACCGACUAAAACAGUUACAUUAUCGCCUGUGCCAAGAUGACGGAGCGCAAGGGAACAGCAAAGUUGGACUUUUUGAGAAAAAUCGAGCUGGAAAUCCAAGCUAAAUGGGAAAAGGAGAAAGCCUUUGAGAAUGAUGUGCCCGCAACCCUUGGGGAAAGUGCACACAAAAACAAGUAUUUUGUCACCUUCCCCUACCCAUACAUGAAUGGGAGGUUGCAUCUCGGUCACACAUUCAGCUUGUCAAAGUGUGAGUUUGCAGUUGGCUACCAGGCCUUAAAAGGGAAAAAAUGCCUUUUCCCAUUUGGCCUCCAUUGCACAGGAAUGCCAAUCAGAGCCUGCGCAGACAAGCUAAAGAGAGAGAUGGAGCUGUACGGAAACCCACCACAGUUUCCUGACGAGGAGGAAGAGAAGGAGAAGGAAAAGCCAAUGGUGUCUGAUGAAAUCAUCAUUAAGGACAAAGCAAAGAGCAAAAAGAGUAAAGUUGUGGCCAAAUCCGGUUGCUCGGCCUUUCAGUGGAACAUCAUGAAGUCUCUAGGCCUGGAUGACAGCGACAUUGAAAAGUUCGCCAAUGCUGAACACUGGCUGGAGUUUUUCCCUCCUCUGGCUGUCAAAGACCUCAAACUGAUGGGCGUGAAGGUGGACUGGCGGCGGUCAUUCAUCACCACAGACGUCAACCCUUUCUAUGACUCUUUUGUCCGGUGGCAGUUUGUCACCCUAAAGGAGAGGAAAAAGAUCAAGUUUGGGAAACGGUAUACUAUCUAUUCCCCGAGGGAUGGGCAACCAUGCAUGGACCAUGACAGGCAGACAGGAGAGGGAGUAGGACCUCAGGAGUACACACUCAUCAAAAUGAAGAUUGUUGAACCGUACACCGCGAAAUUCAAGUCCAAAGUUUUUUACAGCAGUGCUAUGAAGUCCAGGAACAUCUACCUGGUGGCCGCCACUCUUAGGCCGGAGACCAUGUUCGGUCAAACCAACUGCUGGGUGAGGCCCGACAUGAACUACGUGGCCUUUGAGACCACCAGCGGGGACAUCUUCAUCUGCACCAGGAGGUCUGCUCGGAACAUGUCCUUCCAGGGAUUCACCAAAGAGAAUGGAGUAGUGCCUGUGCUCAUGGAAAUACUAGGACAGGAUAUCCUCGGCAGUGCUCUGAGUGCGCCUCUGACAUCCUACAAGAUCAUCUACGCCCUGCCCAUGCUCACCAUCAAAGAGGACAAAGGUACCGGUGUGGUCACUAGUGUGCCUUCUGAUGCUCCGGAUGACAUCGCUGCUCUCAGGGACAUAAAGAAAAAACAAGCCCUUAGAGAGAAGUAUGGAAUUGAGGACAAGAUGGUGCUGCCUUUUGAGCCGAUCCCUAUUAUAGACAUUCCAGGUUACGGGAACCUGUCUGCUCCUCUAGUGUGUGAUGAGCUGAAGAUCCAGAGCCAGAAUGACAAGGAUAAACUGGCUGAAGCCAAAGAGAAAGUCUACUUGAAGGGAUUCUAUGAAGGGAUUAUGUUGGUUGAUGGCUACAAGGGGCAGAAAGUCCAGGAUGUGAAGAAGCCCAUCCAAAAGAUGAUGGUAGAAAGGGGCGAGGCCGCUAUUUACAUGGAGCCAGAAAAACAGGUCAUGUCCCGUUCAGCGGACGAGUGUGUGGUGGCGCUCUGUGAUCAAUGGUAUUUGGAUUACGGUGAUGCUGAAUGGAAGAAGCAAGCCAAUCAAGCCCUCAAAACUUUGGAGACGUUUUGUGACGAGACCAGAAGAAACUUUGAGGCUACUUUGGCCUGGCUACAGGAGCAUGCUUGCUCACGUACUUAUGGGCUCGGAACACGGCUGCCCUGGGAUGAGCAUUGGCUGAUCGAGUCGCUCUCGGACUCCACCAUCUACAUGGCGUACUACACUGUGGCCCACCUCCUCCAGGGCGGGGUGCUCAACGGGCAGGGUAGCUCGCCACUGGGCAUCAAACCGCAGCAGAUGACGAAGGAGGUCUGGGACUUCAUCUUCUUCAAGGCAUCCCCCUUCCCUAAGACCAGCAUCCCGAAAGAGCACCUCCAGAAGCUAAGGAGGGAGUUUGAGUACUGGUACCCGGUGGAUGUGCGUGUCUCUGGCAAAGACUUGGUGCCCAACCACUUGUCUUAUUAUCUCUACAACCAUGUGGCCAUGUGGCCCAAUGACAGUGGAAAGUGGCCACAGGCAGUGAGAGCAAACGGGCAUCUGCUCUUAAACUCUGAAAAGAUGUCCAAAUCAACUGGAAACUUCCUCACUCUUAGCCAAGCCAUCAAAAAGUUCUCAGCAGACGGUAUGCGUUUGGCUCUGGCCGACGCCGGCGACACAGUUGAGGACGCCAACUUCGUGGAGACCAUGGCGGACGCUGGCAUCCUGCGCUUGUACACCUGGAUCGAAUGGGUGAAGGAGAUGAUAGCCAACCAGAACAACCUGAGGACCGGACCCGCUGACACCUUCAAUGACCGCGUCUUCGCAAGCGAAAUUAAUGCAGGAAUCUUAAAGACAGAGCAACACUACGACAAAAUGAUGUACAAGGAGGCUUUGAAGAGCGGCUUCUUUGAGUUCCAGGCUGCCAAAGACAAGUACAGAGAGCUGGCGAUUGAAGGCAUGCACAAAGAGCUGGUCUUCCAGUUCAUAGAGAGACAAACGCUACUGCUGGCCCCCAUCUGUCCACACCUGUGCGAGUACACUUGGGGUCUGCUGGGCAAGACCACAUCCCUGAUGAAGGCGUCAUGGCCUGCCGCCGGUCCAGUGGAUGAGAUUCUCAUCCGCUCUUCUCAGUAUCUGAUGGAGACGGCACACGACCUCCGACUGAGACUCAAAGCUUAUAUGCUCCCACCUAAAAAUAAGAAAAGUGACUCCAAGCCUCCCAGCAAGCCUUCCCACUGCACCAUCUAUGUGGCCAGGAGCUACCCGCCAUGGCAGCACAGCGCCUUGUCCCUGCUCGGAAAACACUACAAGAGCAACAGCGGCGUCCUCCCAGACAACAAGGUGAUCGCGAGCGAGCUUGGAGCGCUGGCCGAGCUGAAGAAAUACAUGAAGAAGGUCAUGCCUUUUGUGGCCAUGAUCAAGGAGAACCUUGAAAAGAACGGGCCUAGGGUUUUGGAUCUGGAGCUGGAGUUCGAUGAGCGGGCAGUUCUGAUGGAGAACCUGGUCUACUUGACAAAUUCUCUUGAGCUGGACCAGAUCGAUGUCUUGUUUGCGUCCGAGGCCGACGACAAAAUCCGGGAAGACUGUUGCCCGGGGAAACCGUUCUCCUUGUUCAGAUCGGAGCUCGGAGUGUGCGUGUCCCUGGUAAACCCUCAGCCCUGCAACGGAAUCUUCUCUACCAAGCUUGACAUCAGACAAGGGGACAGCAGAGACAGCGUUGUCCGCAGACUCUCCAAAGUCAGCAGACUCGUCAAAGAUCUCUCCAAAGUGAAGCUGAUGAGGUACGAGGACCCCCUGCUGGGCCCCCGUCGUGUGCCGGUGCUGGGACAAGAGGAGCAUGGCAAAGUGCUCCUCUCCCCUCAGUCCGUGUUCAGCAUCAACCUGGAGGCCAAGAAAGUCACGGUGGUCGACGACGGCGUCACUGUGGACAUCGGGGACACUCUGGCCUACCUGGUUCUUUAAAAUCCCUCAUACACAUGAAGGCGACACAAAUAAUUUCUGGAUUUAGGAACAUUUUGAUAGCACAACUUUCUAGUUUUCAGACCGCUCCUGUUGUCGUGGUGAUGGAGUCAUGUCUGCCGGCUUAUUUUGUACAUCUAAGAUGAGGCAUCAUGGUCCCUCCUGGAUGGUGUUUGUCCAUUGUGUGCUUUUUCCAGAAAAAAUAAUAAACAUUAUGAUA